AUGAGUGGAUGUCAUCAAACUGCAGGACCAUACUUUAAUAUUUGCUCCAACACUCAAAUAUACCUAAUUUAUGUGAUCAAGUGGAGAAGUGUUGUAAACUUUGUAAACAACUCUGACCGUUUUCGAGCUCGCGAGGUCCCGGACGGCCUUGAGACCGCGGUAUCUGACCCAACCGACGUCCGGGUGACGCAUUCUGUCCUAUUUAGGCGGAGGCCCCUGACACUCGACACUCCACCCACCACCACCAACUUCUCCACAUAUCUCCAACGCUUCGAGCAGCCAAACCAAAACAGCCUCCGACCACCACCACCAACCAGUAUGGCGAACCCUCAAGAUGAAGAAGAAGCCAUCUUUGGAACCGACAGGCCCGAUCCCAACGAAGGUCCUUCAAAAGGAGCCCACCUUGAGGAAGAAGAAGAUGAAGAGGAUGAAGAAGAGGACGAAGAAGAUGACGAGGAAGAUGAUGACGAUGAUGAGGAAGAGGAUGGCAGAGGCAAACCCAGGAAACGGCGCAAAAGGACGCGAAACAAAUAUAUCGAUGAUCUUGCUGAUGUCGACGAUGAAGAGGAGGAGGAAGAAGAGGAAGAGGACGGCCUAGGCGGACCGGAAGAUGACUUUAUUGACCGGAACGAAAUUCCAGAGGGCGAUCGAUCGUCCAGAAGAAACUUGUUGCGCGAUAUCACUGGAGAUGACAUAGAUGCUGGGCACCGAGGACUCGAUAUGACUCGACAGGUCAGAGAGGAUGCCGAUCUUGGUCAAAUUGCCCAAGAUUUUCGAGAAAGAUAUGGGCGGCAGUCACGAGUGGCAGCGCGUGACUUGGGUGAGCAUAUCCCUAAAAACCUGCUGAUGCCAUGUGACCAAGAUCCAAGUAUAUGGGCAGUCAAAUGCAAGCCUGGGCGUGAAAAAGAGAUCGUCGCAGCUUUGUUUCGAAAGUGUGAAGUUCAUUACAAAACUCCACAACAAUUAAAUAUCAUAUCGGCAUUCUAUCGCGAUUCCUUAAAAGGUUACAUCUAUGUCGAAGCACGGCUGGAAAGCGAUGUUCGGGAGGCCAUUCAGGGGUUCGUGGGCGUUUACAAGUCCGAAUUCCGAAUGGUUCCUAUGGAUGAAAUGCCAGACCUAUUGCGAACUAAGAAGCGCGAGACACCGAUCGUUCCAGGAGGAUGGGUGAGAAUCAAACGAGGGAAAUAUAAUGGAGAUUUGGCUCAAGUCACCGAAGUCCUUGAAAACGGAGACGAAGUUGGACUGCGGUUCGUCCCUCGAAUCGAUUUAAAUCCUAAAGAAGAUGGGGUUAAGGUUGGCCCGGACGGCAAGAAGCGUAAAAAGGGUAAUACAACCAGCGGCGGGAUCGCUUUUAGGCCACCACAGAAACUGUUCAAUGCCGAAGAAGUCAAGAAAGCUUACAAGCCUGGCGAUGUCACUCGAUCUCAGCGAGGUGGAUACAGUUUUCAUGGUGAUUUAUUCAGAGAGGGAUACAUCGAGAAAGAUUUGAAGAUCUCCGCAUUGGAAAUUGUAGAUGUCAAUCCCAGGAUUGACGAGAUAGCCAAGUUUCUUGGUGAUCCCUCAGACAGUGAUCCUAGUCGAACCUUAAAUUUAUCUCAGAUUGCCGAAUUAACCAAGAAGGCUGGAACGGCUGUCUUACAACCCGGUGAUCAUAUCGAGGUUUUCGAAGGUGAUCAGAAGGGUAUUCAAGGAACGGUGGAGUCGAUCGAGAAGGAAAACGUCAAUAUCCUUCCUGAUCCGCUAGCUCAUCCUGAUCUCAAGGGUGCUAAGAUCGAGAUCCCGGCUAGUUCGCUUCGUAAAAGCUUCAAACCAGGAGACCACGUCAAAGUCAUGGCCGGUCAGAAUACCGAUGAAACUGGUUUGGUCAUUCGUGUCCGAGAGGAUGUGGUCACCUUCCUCAGCGAUCUUAGUUGUAAGGAGGUGGAGUCAUUUGCAAGAGAUCUUCGCGUGGCAGCUGAAGUCGGUAGCAGCGCCAACACAUUUGGUCAAUUCGAAUUAUAUGACUUAGUACAACUAGAUCCGCAAACCACUGGAGUAAUCUUUAAAAUCGAGCGUAAUACCUUCAAAGUCAUCGACCAGAACGGCAAUGUUCGUAGUGUCAAGCCAAAUCAAAUUAGCGCCAAGAAGGACUCUAAGUAUGCCAUUGCCACCGAUGCUGAUGGCUAUGAGAUUGCAGUGAAUGAUCAGAUGAAAGAGAAGUCUGUUGGGGGACGAACUGACGGACGGGCAGGUCGAGUCCUGCAUAUCUAUCGAUCCAUGUACGCCUUUCUUCACAGUCACGACACGACCGAGAACGGCGGAGUGUUUGUGACGAACGCUCGCAACCUAGUAUCGGUAGCCCCCAAGGGAUCCAAGAAGGAUUCAGGCGGAUUAGACUUAACCAAGAUGAAUCCUGAAAUGGCUAACCGACCCCCGGUUGGUGGGGCGAUGGUCGCAGCUGGCCUGGGUCAACGAUUCAAGAGGGAUGAAGAUAUCGGCAAGCUUUGCUACAUCAUCAAAGGGCCUAAUAAGGGCCUUCAAGGAAUCAUCAAGGAUAUCAAUGGAUUGCUCGCCCGAGUAGAAUUGCACACCAACAACAAAACGCUCACGAUCGAAAAGACAAAACUUGGUGCUAAAGGCCGCGAUGGUAAAGUCCACCCCUUAGCAGAUUUGGCGCGGGAGAAUUUCAGUAGCUCCAGCCGACCAGGUGGGUUUGGUUCCAGCGGCGGCAACAGGUCUUCCUAUGGAGGACCCACCGGAAGCAAUUCUGUUCGACAUGGUGGCCAAUCUGUUCACAGUGGUAUCGGUGGUGCGACUCCAGCCUGGGGGGCCAGUGGAGGUCGAACUUCAAACCCAUACGCAGAUGGAUCUCGUACCUCAUACCCAAGCGAUGGUGGUCGAACCUCAAACCCGUACACGGAUGGCGGUCGGACUCCAGCCUACAGCACUUCAGGAGCCUGGGAUCCAGGCUCAAAGACGGCCAUCGCGUCCGGUUAUGGGUCGACUAAUGGGUGGGACGCAGCCGAACAGUCGUACAACAGUUCUGCUCAAACCCCCGCUCAGCGAACUGAUAUUGGCACUCCUCACGAUCCUUGGGGAAGCCGCACGCCAGCCCAAGCACCCACCCCAAGAGUCGAUAGGCACGCGCCUACCCCUGGCACGUCAUCCAAUCUCACCAGAGGCGACCGAUCUGAGAGACGCGAAGAGGGAUCGAUGUCCAGUUGGGGAAACCCCGCAGGAGUCACGCCCUUUGCUGCUGCCCCUACGCCUACGGCUUACGGUGGACGAGGUGGGAAUAUAGCACCGACGCCCAACGCACCAACUCCUGGAGGUUUGACCCCAUAUGGUGCGGCCCCAACUCCUGCGCCAUAUGGUGCCGCCCCGACACCUGUGGGAUAUGGAAAUGCACCAACCCCAGCGGCGUACUCGGCACCGACUCCUGUGGCAUACGGCUCUGCUCCUACCCCCGCGGCUUAUGGUUCCGCACCUACACCAGCGGCAUACGGCUCGGCGCCUACGCCCUAUUCAUCGAAUCCCAACUUCACCGCGGCGAGUCCAGCUGGGCCUUAUAACCAUGGCACCAAUGCCGCAACGCCUUAUACUGCAGCCACGCCAGGAGGGGGAUUAGUCAACCAACAUCCCUCAGCACUCAUGGGGAUCUCACACAUGGGUUUGCCCGAAAACUGGCCGGUCCCUGGGAUCGAGGUGGCGAUCAUUCGACCAAGAGAAGGGCCAUCCUUCAACGGCUCUCGAAACGACGACGAACAUGUGGUGGUUCUUGGGUCGGCAGGGACGCACCGGAACGGCCCCUAUAACGUCAAAUGCUUGAGCUCUAAUGCGCGCAUCCCCCCCGUGCCGAUCGAGUUCCUCGAGCCCGUCCCGCCCCGCGCUCCUGGUGAUCCCGUCGUCAUCCUUCAAGGUAUCUAUCGCACUAAGCGGGCUACUACUAUUAGUAGAGAUGCCUCAGAUUGGAUGGUUCAGUUGGAAACUGGAGAACAAACUAUCGUCGAAUCUUCUCAUCUUGCUAUUUAUAAAGGCUGUUGAUCUCCUAUCCCUUUGAGUCAAUACACACACACACACAUACAUAUAUAUACAUACAUAUACACACAUAUUUAUAUGUAUCUAUCUUCAAUCCUGUACAAAUGUAUCCCACUUGUUUUUUUCUCUCUUUUUUUAUAAAAAAACAAGAAAAUGUGAUUUCUUUUGUUUCCUUUUUUUGAAAUAGGAUUGUUCAUGUCUAGCAUUUUAGCUAGCUGGACAAUCAGCCACCAGCUUGGCCAGUAAAAUUUAUGAAAGAAAAAAAA